CUUCUGGAAACACAGCUGCCAUGUUGGCUCCUCUCAAAGCUAAAGCAUCUUUCUGUCUGCUGUGUUUUAACUCUACCCUCAGUUCCUAUAUCAGCUGAUCCAGGGUCAGUUGUGGCCACUUGCAGGAGAGGUGAGUGCAUGAGGAGCAGAUGUCAGAUCAGUGAGGAAGGUUUGAUGAAGAGGAUAAUGAACAACAAUUAGCUUCAGGAUGGAAACGUUUCUGGGUUUAUAGGUUUGGAAAUUAAAGGGGAAAGUGUUUUGAAUGGAGGCUAAAGAGGGUGCUGGGUGGGGGAGGUGGAGUAUUGAUCUCUAUCAACAAGGGAGAGGGGUGGGGGGAUGGCUGGGCGCCUGCAGGGGGGUGGGGGUGCCACAUGGUUAAGAGCAAUGACAAGCUCAGAGACAAGCAGAGGGUUCACUUCUGAUAUUCACUCAAAAACGUGAAACUUGAGCCUUUUUGCAGCUUCAAACUUCUCAUCACUUCAGGACAAGUUGAGCUCAAAGCUGCAGGAGCGGGUUUGAAAAUGCUCCUCAUCUCUGCAGGCUCACUUCUGUGGAGAUGCUGUUUCUCGCAGGAAUCUGUUGCUUCACUGUGAGACGCUUUAAACCUUCCUCCUCCUCCUCCUCCUCCUCCUCCUCUUCCUCCCGUGCGCCACCGCCGCCGCUGCUGCUGCUGCAGCUUCUGUUACAGCUUCACCAUAAAAUAUUCAUCCAUGGAAAGUCUCUCUUUGAUUCCAGCGCGGUCACUUUGGCGUCCACGCAGGUCCACAAGUUGCGCAGCCUGAACAUGUAACUCAAACCACAGCAGCAGCGUCGGUGUGAAGGCUCCAGAUCCUGCGAGGCUCAACCCUUCCUCCACAUUUGCUCCAUCAGCGGGACGCAGAGAGGCGCACUGCUCCGCCUGUGCCAUCGCAUCCAUCCACGGGGGGAAAAAAGGGAGGAUGUCCGCUCCUACAGGAGGGCCGGGUAAAGGUGGCGGAGAAGACCCCGCCAAGUCCGCCGCCGAGCAGGAGGACCGGCCUCGGCUUCAGGUCCUGUCGGGAACGGGCUUCUGCAAAUGGUUCAACGUCCGGAUGGGCUUUGGAUUUAUCUCAAUGACGAGCAGCGAUGGGAGCCUCGUCGAGCCGCCUCUGGAUGUUUUCGUCCAUCAAAGCAAACUGGUGAUGGAGGGCUUCCGCAGCUUAAAGGAAGGUGAGCAGGUGGAGUUCACCUAUAAGAAGUCCUCUAAGGGCCUUGAGUCCCUGCGGGUGACUGGACCAGGUGGGGGACCCUGCUCAGGCAGCGAAAGGAGACCCAAGGGGAAGGUCCCACUCCAGAAACGCAAACCAAAGGGAGACCGCUGUUAUAACUGUGGAGGUCUGGAUCACCAUGCCAAGGAGUGUGGCCUGCCCCCCCAGCCAAAGAAAUGCCACUACUGCCAGAGCAUUACGCACAUGGUGGCUCAGUGUCCCCACAAGGCGCUGGCGCCCCCCACAGGCUCUCAGGACCAACAUGCGUCUACCUCGGCCACCAGCCCAGGGACCGGGCCCUACCUCUGCCCCCACGAGGAGGAGGAGCGCUCCGGCUCAUCUCCCCUGGAGGGCUCCUCCUCAUCCCCAGAGGAGCCCCAAACACACCGCGGCCCCCGGACCCAGAGGUGGAGGAAAUCCUGAAAACAACCCACAGAGCGCAGCUAUGGCAACGAUCAAUGGGGUACGGACGUGCGUGAAUGUGUGUGACUGACUGACUUGCUGUCAUCUGGUGCAGCUAUGGCAACCACCGCUGGAAUGGUGACUGCAGGGAAUGACUGUUUUUCUUGUUUCAAUCAGUGCAGCUGAAGAGUGACACAACGUGGUAUGAAUCUUUAUUUUUUCUCUCCUUGUUUUCUCUUGCCCACUUGGACCUAAGUGUUGGCCAUUUUUAAUGCUUUUUCCUCACAGGCUUGGUCACAUUUUAUUUUUAAAGCCGCAAAUUAAUAUCCUGUAGACCCAAAUCAUUCUGACAAAAUCAGGAUGCACGCUUUUAGCACACACGGUAGCUCAUUUUACGAAGGAUUAGAAGAAGACUCUUAAAAGCUGAAGACCCUCUCAGCGAUAAUCCAGACCCGCAGGAUUGUUAGCUUGGCUUCUAAAGAUCUCAAGGGAAACUUUAUGGAUCCCAGAGGGAUUUUUUUUUUUUUUAAACAACACGUGAGCUGCUGCUCUUCAAACACUCACUACAUACCUCUCUCUUACAUGAAAUAGACUGGACCAACUGAUUGUCAAAAGAGCAAGCAUGUGUGGUGCACGACUGACAGACUGUGUGUGUAUGUGUGUGUGUGUAUGUGUGUGUGUGUGUGUAUGUGUGCAUGCGCUCUGAGAGUAAGUAAAACUGUCAGACUGUUGCACCUCGUCUUCAGGUGCUGGUCAACACUAUUAACCCUUCAGUUUCCUACUAUGAUAGAUAAACACGCUUUUAGCAGAAAAAAACCCAUCAUAUUAUUACGUUAGAUCUUAUUUUUGAUUCGAGGUAAUGAAUCGAUUGUUAGAUUUCCACUUAUGAUUGUUGUAUAACUAGUUUUAAAUAACUUACAGUUUAUAAAUCAUAGUAUAUGUCAUUAAUAUAUACGUAAAGCCACAAGAUAUAAUUGAAAUUCUCUUAAUUUUAAGUAAUGCAUAUAUAAGGAAUUAGCUCUGACGUAGGUGACUAGCCGUGUAUAUUGCGUGGGAUACUUUUUAUUGUCGUGUGAAAACCUACAGCCCUCUCUCUCUCUCUCUCUCAGUUUAACCAGUCAUCCACGACAAAGACAAACCUUUUUAUAUCGCCACGCCUUCUUAUCAAUAACUUCAAAUAGACGAUAAUCACCUCAGACGCUGCACAAAGACUCGUCCUGUGUUACUGUGCGUGACAGCAUCACAACAGCUGCUCUACUUAUUUAACACGCCACCAAUUCUUCCUCUUGGAAAUGAAUGUCACUGAACGUCAGGCCGUUUGCUCUCCCAGCUGUGUUACAGUAAGAUCCAAACACCUGUUCCUCCUCCAUCUGUGCCUACCAUUUGUUAGUCAGCACCAGCCAUGCGAUGCUUAUACCAGCCGCUGCCACCACCACCACCACCACCGCUGCUGCUGCGUCACGUUCCCUAGAGAGAGAGAGAGAGAGACAGAGAGAUAAAGUGAGAGAGAGAUGGCGUGCUGCUUUUGGUAUAACUUGAAUCCCAAGUAUGGCUUUAGUGGCACUUAUUUGUGACCUAACAACUCUUCUCUGACCAUAUUGAAUGUGAAAAGAGCUCACCCGAAGCUGACUCCUCACAAAGUUUACGCUGGGUUGCUUUGGAGUUGUAUCUUAAUGUUCUGACAAAUCAAAUAACUUUGUAUGAUGAUAUCAAGCUUGUGUGUUUUAAAAAAAACAAAACAAAGCUCUACGUAGACAACCAACUUCUUUUGGUAUAUUUCUAUACCAAAGAGUUUGGCUUUAUUUUUUUGAAGGCAUUUAACGUUAAGACGUGCUGACGCGGUUGCUAUGUUUUUUAUGUUUAUGUACAGCUUUUUGAAUGUGUGCGUGCGUUAAAAUCGAAUCUCAACAAUGCAGCAUGACAGAAAAAAAAAAUGAAUGACCAAACUACAGAAGGAGCACAGGCCAUGCUCAAACCUCUAUUGAAACAACAUCUUUUUUUUGUAUGAUGUAUUUCUACAUUUUUACACAGAAUUCCUCUCAGGAUGAUGAACUGUUCUCAGGGAAUUAACCAAAAAAAUGUAUUGUAUUCUUUUGGGAAUCAUCCACUGACUGACUCCGCAAACUCUGUUAAGCAAUGGUGACGAGACGUAUGUAACCAGUUCAUGUACAGAUAUUAGCAACUACCUCUUGAGUUAUACAUAGUUGUGCAUUUCUUUUUUUGUUUUGUAUAUUUUUUGAUGAGCUUGUACGGUAAACAGUGGGUCUCUGUUGUACUGAGGUGUUGUGUGAGACGUUCCCUAGUGUUGCCACAGACUCCCUGGUCUUCCUUCCCAGAUUUGAUGAGUUACUUUCUUCUUCUUUUUACUGCAAAAACUCUUUUUUUUUGUUUACAGCAAAAGCCUACCUCAUACGCGCUAUUCUUUCACAAACUCUUUACCUCCUCCCAGCCCCCUCUACCUCCACCAUGCAGUCGUUUGUUAAUUGAAUUGCCACUCGUCGCACUAGAGUUUCACGGCAUUUUCAACGAAUCAGCUCUUGAAGCGGCUCAUCCCUCGUUACUCCAAAUAUAUCUUACAAUCAAAAGGCCUUUUUUGAAGGUUUUUACACAAGUUUUCAGAAUGGGCAUGUUUGCCUCACACAUCCAGGGUGAAGUUUUAUCUGCCAGCUUCGUGUUAUACUGUGGGUGCACCCUCAUCACGUAGCUACAGACAGCCAGUGAGUUUACCUCAGUUUGUUGGGCUAGCGAUAGACAUUGGUAAAUAUGAAAUAUUUUACAUUUCUGUGUGAACACAUAUUUGAAAAGACAUGGACUGUUGUUUUUAGUUUGUACGUUUUUUUAUCAUAACUGUUUUUUGUAACCACUUGAUAUGAUGGGCCUAAGGUGGAGAAGAAUAGGAUUGUACUUCACACAAGGAGUGCCUAUCUCUAUGUUUUGUUUGUCUGACCCGAUUACCAAAUAGAUAUUUUCUUCUUUUUGGGCUCAAUGGUCACGGCCUUCCUUUUUUCUUUUAACGGCCCCAGAUAAUCAGAUGUUAUAUGUGGUUUGGAGAUGAUGCCCCUUCUUGUUGCAAUUUGUAUUUAGAGCGGCAUUGUUAACAUUUAACAUGAAAUCAGUAGAUUUUUGUACUAAUGGUGACAUUGCAUAGACGUCAUUCUUUAAAAAAAAGAUUGAUGAAGAUGAAUAUUAUUACUUUUUAAAAAACUAACUCAUGAGAUUAAAGAUUGAUUUUUUUUUUUUUGCUUAUGACCGCAGUAUUACAGUUGAGAGAAUUCCUAUGGAGUAUUGCCAGUUAUGAACAAAAUACACAACCACAGUCAAAUAUAGUAAUAUUAUUGUUCUUAGUAGCUUUAUAUUUUCUUCCAAUCAAUGUAACUACUGAUUGAUCUCUUGUUAAUUGUCCUGUUCAGUAUUCAACACAGCCAAGGAAAUAACCCCCUUAAGUUAGAAAUAAUUAAAAGGCUCGUCGAGGCUGCAUGUAGGAUAACAAAUUGGUGUUUUUAAUAUUUUCCCACUCUUACUUAUUAAUCAUGCAAACAUGAGACGACACAUGCAAAGAGUCCCAACCAUGCAAUCAUCACAAAUGUUGCAUACGAUUUUACCCAAGAUCGAACAUUUGCAAACACGCAUGAACCAGUUUCUCAGCAAAACCCUGAACAAUGAACAUGGUGUGUCAGAUAUACUGUAAUAUGCCAUAACAGAAUAUACUGAGAAUUAAAAUCAGUAUACUUACAAACUUAAUUUUUGAAAUUCAUACCAAUCUGAGACUCACCUCUGCCCCUCCGCGAUGGUAGAGAGGGACAAGAAACUGGGAUAACUCAUAAAACUGUUUGAAUCUUUCAUGAAAUAAGGGUUUCUGUGUCGUUGUGUUUCUUUUCUAAAAAGGUAAUUCAUGCUUGAUAUCUUUGUGUUCUCAUGAUCCAGUAUUUAAAGUUGAUUCUUUUUAUUUUUGUUGCUGUCCUGUGAAAACCAUGCAUCUCCAAAUUUUAAGAAAAUGUUUUAAAAUUUUGGGAAAAGGCUAAAUCAUCGUCACGUUUAUCCACAUCUGUCAGUCUGUGAAAUCUUAGCUUCACUUUACUCCUUAUUAUUGCAACACUACAGAUUUAAAAUUAGCAGAGAUGCUAGCUUCUUAAUGAACAAGUGAAAGAAAUGCUUUUCUUACCUUUGUUUAGAGUCCAACUUGCUGUUUCCAGACCUUGUGCUAAGCUAAGCUAACCAGUUGCUGGCACAACUCAAGUCCCAGUUAUUUGCUUCUUGUUUAUUAGCAUACUUUCACCAAUCCUAAGACUGAGCUAGGCUAGCUGUUUCCCCUUGGUUCCAGUCUAUUUGCUAAGCUAAGCUAUCCACCUGGUGGCAAAACAUUAGCCCUAGUGCUAGACAGAGCUACGCUAGCAGUUAUCCUUGGCCUCCUGUCUCUGCGCUAAACUAAGCUAACCAGCUGUUGUCCAUUAGUAUGCAUUCCCUAAUGCUAGACAGAGCUAAGUUAGCUGUUUCUUUUUUGUGCUAAGCUAAGUCAACCCACCUCUGGCAUAACAUGAAUUUCUUGUUUUUACACAUUCAGUUUGAAACUUCCAAAUCACAAAAUCUGGAAAUACAAGGUUUCCAUCAGACGGCAAUUAAAAUAAAUGUGUAUGUGUAAUUGAAGGAAAAGUCUGUUUUCAGUGAAUAAAAACAAGCACAUCUGGUCCAAAGACUACAGAAGACCCAAGAAUAGUAUAAACUAUAGGCCUACAUUCAUAUAAUGAAUAUAAAAACCUCAAUGAUCCUUAACCACGUAUCAAAAGCCUUUGGAGACGGACAGGAUGUAUCACGCCAUGAUCCCAGAUGACUGAAGUUCACAUACCUCAACUGCUCUGUGCUUUGCCUUGACUGGAGAACAAUGUGUUGUAGGGGAUGAUGAUUACUGUUUUUUUUAACUGUAUUAUGUUGGAUUCUUAUUGUGUUUAUGUAAAUGAAAUCAUACUGGACCGUUGGACCUCUAAAGGACCUCUAAAUCCAACCAAGGCAGUUUAAAGUGCAGAUACCUCCUUGUAUUGACUCGUAACCUCGCAGGUCUCAUGUUUGUCCGUGUUCUUACUCUCUACAUCAAGGCCAGAGGGAGUCUUCUGAGCUCGUUUCCUCUGGAGUACGUCUAGAGCCAAGCACUGAUUGCUUUUGAAUGGGGAAAUGUUCUUCUAUGUGCAUAUCACUCAUUAUUUUAGCCCCAAUAUAAGUGUACUGCCUUUUUUAAUCUCUGUGAAUCUUGGAUUGGAUUUUUAAAAUAUGUCUUAAAUGUUUUACUUGAUUGGAAAAUAAACAUAUUAUAUUGGCAUUAAAGUAUGUAUAAUUUCCUACUAGACAUUAGAGUGGUAAGAUGUUUGCUUCUUUUCUAUGGGAUUCAGAUUUAAACAUUCACUCUCACACACAUUUGCACAC